CUCCGUAAUGCAGCCAUGGUGGCGCGGUGGAGCUCUGCGCCUUCUCGGGCGGGCUGCUGAAAACGCUCCGUUUCUCCCGCAUGGAGUUGCGAGCCGAGCCGGCCGUGGCAGGGUUGGAGAUGUCGGAGGCGAAGAGUGGCGCCGGCGGGACUUCGGAGGGCGACGACUACGAGAGUUUGCCGUCCCACGCGUCCUUCACAACGCACAUGACUGCGGGCGCGGUGGCCGGAGUCCUCGAGCACACGGUGAUGUACCCGGUGGACUCGGUCAAGACACGCAUGCAGAGUCUACAGCCGGACCCGAACGCUCAGUACCGCGGUGUGUACGAGGCCCUGCGCCGGAUCGUGCGCACGGAGGGCGUCCUGCGCCUCCUCCGCGGCCUCAACAUCACCGUGCUGGGUGCCGGCCCCGCUCACGCCCUCUACUUCGCCUGCUACGAGCGCAUCAAGCACUCUCUCAGCAACGUCAUCCAGAACGGCGGCAACAGUCACCUGGCCAACGGCCUGGCCGGAAGCGUAGCUACUGUCCUCCACGACGCUGUGAUGAAUCCUGCUGAAGUGGUGAAACAGCGGCUGCAGAUGUACCGGUCUCCAUACCGUGGCCUGUUUGACUGCGUGCUGACGGUCAGCCGCACUGAGGGUGCGGCUGCCUUCUACCGCAGCUACAGCACGCAGCUCACCAUGAACAUCCCUUUCCAGGCUGUGCACUUCAUCGUCUACGAGGUCACGCAGGAGCGCCUCAACCCAGAGCGCCGCUACUGGCCCGGCACGCACAUGCUGUCUGGUGCGGCGGCCGGCGCUGUAUCGGCCGCCGUCACCACGCCACUGGACGUGUGCAAGACGCUGCUGAACACGCAGGAGAACGUAGCGCUCAGCUCUGUGCACGUGAGUGGCCACCUGUCGGGCAUGGCCAACGCCUUCCGGGCGGUGUACCGGCUGGGCGGCGUGCCGGCCUUCUUCAGAGGCGUGCAGGCGCGUGUCAUCUACCAGAUGCCGUCAACGGCCAUCGCCUGGUCUGUCUACGAGUUCUUCAAGUACUUCCUGACCCAGCGCAAACACCACGGACUGGAAGGGCCGAGCAGGGCGGCGAUUGACCGGGCGGGCACCACGUGAGGCCGACAGGAUCUGGACUUGCGCUCUGGAGGAGGGGCACAGAGACCCUCUGCGUUCGUCGUACCCCAGCGUGCGUGAUGAAGGCUUUCCUUCUUAUAAAUGUAGAUAAUCGAAAGUUCAGAAGAUUCCGGAUGCUUCUGGAGUUACUGCAACUGUCACAAUGACUGUCCCUUUCAUUUGGAUCUGUGUCUCUGCAGCUGAAAUAUUUAUUUACUGGAAAGGUAAUACAAUUGGAAUUCACAGUUGCUACAAGCAAGAAUUACUUAUAGGCAAAAAGUGUACCUGAAUUCAGAAAUGCAAUUGUAAGAAAGGGGGAGGAGAAAAAACUAACUCUGGUGUCUCGUCGCUCGGGUGUCCCGUCAUUUAUUGGCUGUACUUGGAGAUAGCUGUUGGAAGUGGACCCAAAGCUAUUCCCUUUUUCAUGGUAACAUCAACACUGCUUUGUUUAGCAUUGCUUGUGCGUUUAUAGGUUAGACAUAGGAAUAUAUAAUAUAUUUUUUUAUUUUGUUUAUUUUGUCCACAGGCCUUUUGUUGGCUUCUGUUUCUCCUUCCUGUGAAGAUUGGUACCAGACUGUUUAAUCAAACACAUUGCAGAGUUCUGCUACGCGAUGAACAUGGAUCAGCUGCAUUUUUUUUUAAGAAAGUGCUUCUCUCUGGCGGAGCCUGGCUACGUUUAACUGUGGCGUGUAGUUCCUCGACCAGCAAGCUUCUGCUACCGUGACGUUUAAUGUGCCCUGAGACAGAUGCAGGUUUUAGGCAGAAAUGAUUCACACGUAUGUGUUCAAAUACAACCCUUUACGCCUAUAGUUGUUGUUAUCACUAUCGUUAUUUAAUUUUGCGCUUGCCCUUGAGGACUGGAUUGGGUGUUCAUUACUGACUCUGACCCUGUGGUCCAGCGGUUCAGCUGCUAUAGUGGUAAUUGCAUCUAAUGGUAAAGCCCUUAACAGAUACUGAAGCCUGAGCCUUCAGGGAAGGUUUUUUUUUUUCUCUCUCUCUCCAUGAUUUGAGUAGAUAUGUGGUUAGAAUCUGGGACCCUACGACAAAUUUGAUUAGCGAACGAUGACCUUUCUUUGGACACAUGAACCCUCCCUGCCUUUCUUUAACAACUUUUCUCAGUUGAACUGACGGAGUCCGUUUCCCCAAGCACUCGGUGCCCACCGUUGUCUCAAUGCCUACAGGAACAGUUAGAAACUGGAAGCCUCGUGCUGUCAUAAACGCACCCCUUAGGAAGGCACAAAAACCCUUUGGUUAACUCUUCCGUUCCGCGGGUCCCUGGAGCCCAUUUCUAGAUUGUCGCUCACGAUCCCAGUGGACGGAACUGAGCUUGAGAGCUCGCCUCGCCCUCGAGCGGCGAAUGCUGCACAAACGCACAAAGCGCAGGGAGGCGCAGCGCUGUAAAUAACACGCGAGGUGACGGGGAGGUGUCUGCGCCGCUGUUGGAUUUGACACUCUUCUGAUCGAGCAUGUGUUGGUCCCAGCAGUCUGAGGAGCAUCCUCACCAACUUGGGCUGUUUUUAUAUUUACCUAUUUUGUAGAAUUUUAAGAUUUUAUUCAAAUGUAUAUAUUAGUAAGUUGAUCUUGUGACUAAAACGUAUUCUAACACGUAUAUUUUAACACACAUAAAGGUUUGAAUUGUUCCGUUUAUUUACGGACAGUUCAGACCUCAUGCGAUUUGUAUGGUCUAUGCAAUCUUUAUGUAAAAGGAUUUUCUAUGCAUUACUAACAGGGACGCCCGUGUGUGUGUAGGCACUACAGGCUGUUGGAAGGGUCGGUUCACCCCCCCCCCCCCCCCCCCCCCCUUAGGAAGGCCAGCUCCGAGGUGUCCACACAUUGCUCCAGAUUCCACAGGAAUUCCGAGAUUUUUGUUUGCCUCCCAAUUCGAUGAUCUUUGGAUUUCCAGCGGUUGGCCGCCCCAGCGCCUCCCUGAUUCCUUUAAAGCCCCAGCCGGCUGCUCCCAUGGUAGAUGGGGCGCUUACACACAGCGUAGCCUUAAAGGAGUUGACCCUCUAAAAACGCUUGAACUCCAGAAAGUGUUUUAAUGUUGCUGACUUGCAGAAUGUCUUCAUAGUUUUGAACCCUUUCCUUAAGAGGGAAAUGGUGUUCCUAAGCAUGUUUUCUAUGCAUCUGCACUCUGGCUGGUAUGAAUUGUUUGGUGUGUGUGUGUGGGGGGGUGGUUUUGUUUGUCUUUUGUCUUUUUUUUUUCUUUUUUUUUAUAAAUACACAGUUUUGCACUGCACAAGUAGAGUAGCAUAGGAGGAAAACCCAAGACUGGUGAUAUUUUAUCAUCUCCACAAUGCUCGUGCUCCAGCUAUCUUUAUAUGUGUGCUUAUUGUGACUGGCCGGUGGUUUUGGUGAUGUCUUCAUGCUUACGCGUUUCAUACGCGUUCAUUUGCACGUACAGCACACUCGACCCCUGUGUGACAGGUUUUUUUUGCCACCAAUGACAUGCGACGGCUUCAUUCUUUGCACGCAACACCGUAGGGACAUUUUGAACAUGCAGUGCCAUCUAAAACAUCCUUUAGACAUACUUUACAGUGCUGAAAAUAAUCUUGAUUCGGAAUGUUUAUUGAUUUGUGCGGAUGCUGCUACAGUUUGUAACACUGGAGCUGGAAUAAAGAUACUUUAUUAACCCA